CAUGCAGUUUGUCGCAAAUUAAUAAGUACUAUGCAUUUAGAUUAGUUUCUUCCAUACCAAACUAUAAAACAUGAAAUUCUUUACGUUCUAGCCACUUUCUUCAAUAUAACAAGCGUAUUAAACAUCAUUAAAUAUAAGUACAAGCAGGUUAACGUUCUUACUUAUAAGCUAUAGUAAAGCAUAUAUAGAAGUUUGGUUGAUCGGGAUGUUUAGUCAAUAAAGUCCGAAGACAUAUUUGUCAUUACGUAUUUAUACCGACCCAAGCUUACGUCUUUUCCGGCAAAAGCAAAAAUUAAUUGUAAACUUUUUGUACCUUAACUUUGUGGUAAUGAAUAGUAAUCAUAAUAAUUAACAAGUUUUAAAUCAAAAUCAUGGACGAUGGUAUCCUAAAACCGGAAAAAUCAUUUCCAACGCACGGAAUUAUUGGGUCAGCACCGCCGGGGUGGUUGGACUUAGGAUCACUUCAUCGCAACCCUAAUUCUUAUACUGCAACUGCCACCAAAUUGGUUGACCCACGACGGAGAAAGUUGGAUUUGGAGGGUGCCUCUGAUCAGUGUAAUUCUGCAUUGUGUCCUCAACAUAAUCAAUUGUUGGAACAGUCGCCAAUGCCCGACUGGAAUGAUUCAAGACGGACGACACAAGUUUAUCCUGAAAAUAAAGAGUUUGGAGCCAAGCUGCCCGAUAGAUUCGACAACCCUUCGUGGUUUAAAGGUUAUGGUUGUGAGAGAAAGCAACACCCAUUUUAUGCUACAACUUCAUCUCUUUACGGAAAAUUUCCGCCAAAUGUGCACACCAUGCCUGCAAUGUAUACCCCGAUGAAAAAUGAUUUUUCUGAACAUUUAAUGUCGACAGGGAUUGAAAGGAAUCGGUCCCUCAAUAUUAAGUAGGUCGUACAACUGAUAUGAUCCUAUUUUCGGUAUGUCUGUAAUAUGUCUAAUUUCUACGUAAAGAAAGGACGAAGGAGCUCCAGGUGUUGAUUAUCACAUAUAUUCAGAAGUUUUAUUGUUGUUUUACUUCACAUUUACAAUUUAAUGAUUCAAGGAUGUACAGUAACUCUUACGGCUGCAUGUUUUUCAUAUGUUUCAAAUUUACUUAAAGACUAGACUGCAUUAGAACUAUAUUUCUAGCGACUAAUUUACCAGCAUAUCCAAACAUACUUGACCAAUCAUAAAACACGUAUUUAGUAUAUACAAUUAUUUUUACCAGUUAAUUUAUUUUCCUGGUGACUUUGCAUGUGCACAAGAAUGUUGAGGUAUCUGACUUGGGAAUUAAAAAAUGUUGUAAUACAUAUUUAUAC